AUGGGUGUCGAUGCAUCAAAAUUGUAUAGCCCGAGCACAAUGCUCAAUACGGCUCUAGGAAGAAAUAGUUUAGAAGAAACAUAUCCAGAGGAUUUGGAACAUUUCGAUCCGUUUGAUAAGAAUUCCAAACAUUCAAAUGCCAAUAAUGCAUUUGUAAAGAGGAAAUUGCCAAAGGAAAUGUGGUUACAUAUUGCCAGUUUCAUGCCAAUCAAGACUUUAUGUUUGUUGGUUGGUGCCAAUAAGUUUUUCUUUAAAUUGUUGGUGAAACCUGACCUUGGAUCUUCAACCGUAUCCAAAGGAGAAGAACGAAGUAGCUUGGAUAUUGUGAGUCAAUAUUCGAGAAUUGGUUUCAAUUAUAUUUUGGAACGAUUAUUGUUUAAUGCAUUCCCUGAUUAUGGAAUUUUCAUAACUGAAAAGAGAGAAGGAUUAGAAGCAAGAAAGAGUAAAAGCUCUAGUAAUGUAAAGAAUUUGAAACAAGUCAAGAAUGAAUUAUUCUAUUCCAAUACCUAUGACAAGAUGAAGGAAAUUGUGACGAACCUGGAAACUUACAGAGACUUUUCUGUGUGUUGGAAGAGAUUGGAUAUUGAACAUGCUGAACUUAAUAUGAAGCCUACAUCCCUUUGUCUGAUUGAUAUAACAAUCUCAAAGAAGAAUAUUCAAUAUUUAAUGUCUAGAAGAGGUUUGGAAUAUUUAGAUGAAGACGAGGAUCAUAACAGCUAUGGAUUUGCAGAAGAUAUUUAUGAUCAACCACCAGUUAAUACUUGGUCAAUAUUCGUUAAUCAUGUAUUCUCCCCUAAAUUGAAAUAUUUAACAAUCAAUGAUUGCCACUUUUCAUUAGAUAUUCAUUUUGAUUGGUACAAUAUGAACUUGGUUCAUCACUGUCCAAAUCUCAAGAGAAUUGAGAUUAAACUUUAUGAGAAAUACCAUGACUGGUUGUUGGACACUAUUCGUUCCUUGAAGAGUCUGGAAACAGUUACAUUCCUCCCUGGUAGUGAAUUGUCUUCCACUUUCUAUCAAGCAGUCACAAAAUCAGCAGAUAACAUUUCACACAUUAAGGAGUUGAACUUUUUAGAUGAGUUUACCUUUGAUCAACCUCUUGAUUUUUUGCAAACUUUUUACAAAUUAGAGAGAUUGACAAUUCAACUCAGAUCCUACAAGGAUGUUAAAUAUAUUCCAACAAAUAUUCGCUCGCUGACCAUCAGUUUAGGAGGUAAAUCAUCCACUGAGGUUCCUAACAUCAAAUUUGAUUGUCUUAAACAAUUAGCAGUCAAAGGUGGGGUUUUAUCUCACGAACAAUGGGACUCAUUCCUCAAGAAUACCAGUCAAAAUGUUGAGCAAUUUACUAUUGCUCCUGCUGAGGAGUUUAACUUUUCCAAAUCAUUAACAUAUUUUACCAAGCUGAAGACCGUUUCUAUUUCUAACAUUUAUUUUGCUUCCUCUGAUCAUUCCUCAGUGGUCUCAAAGUUUUUCACCAACAAUAAGAAUCUAGUAUCUUUAGAUAUGAGUGGAAGUGUCAUUAACUAUACCAAAUCUAUUGUUAAUGCAUUACCAAAAUCGUUGAGAGAAAUUAAUCUGGAAGGAACGAUUGCCCAACUUCCAACUCAUAUCAAACUCGAUAAGCUUACCUUUACUAUCAAUGGUAAACAAGAUGAGAUUGUUCAAUCGCUCGAUUAUAGCGUAUGGAAAGAAAGUCUCAAAGAAUUGUGUAUAUAUGGAUCAGAAGUUCAUGGAUUAUUAUCUGUAAAUAUUUGUAAAUUGCAAAACUUGGAAAAGCUCGUACUUGUUGGUAUUGGAUUUGAAAAGAUUCCAAAGGAUUUCUAUUCAAUGAAAUCUCUUAAACAUAUUGACCUUUCUUCCAAUCAAAUAAGGGAGGUAUCAAAGAAGAUUGCCUAUAUGCAAAACCUUGAAUAUAUUGACAUUUCCAAUAACAGUAUUGAAAAGUUCGAUGCUUCAGUAUUCAAAUUAAUGAAAAAAUUGGAUCAAGUCCAUUUUACAAGAAACCCAUUCUACAAUGGCUAUGAAUCCUCGCUGACUUAUCAAAAAUGGUUGCACUACCCAACCUAUAAUACCAUAGCAGCCGUAUGUAAGAAUAGAUUUUUGGAAAAGAAGAAGAAUUUAUAUGAAGUUUCCAAUACUAGAAUUCAAUGGUUUGUUGAACUCUACAAACACGUCAGAUUUACUGUACAGAUUGAAUAUUUCAAUAUUAAACGUCAAGCUACACAAAGAAAAGCAUUCAGAUGUGCUAUGGAUAAGAGGAAAUGCAAUUUAUUCGAAUGGGAUCUGAUAUAGCCCGUCUGAAAAUAACUCAGUUUCAUUCCCAAUGUAAAUAUUAAUACCAUUGUUAAAUAAAAUUACUAAUUUAUUAA